AGCUGUUCAAGCACUACCACUUUCCACCACACUUCAAUGUCAUCCCCUCCUGUUCAACAAGAUCUCGAUCCAGUCCCUACGUCUUCAUCAAGUCUGUUUUUCAAAAAGAAACGCAAGACUCCUAGCAACCUCAAGUCACAUACACCGAUACCCGCAGAUCACACAUCAGCUGCAGACGACCCAGACACUCAACCCGAUUCAGCCGACGAACAUUUAUCAGAAUCUGGAUCUACCCCGACUAUCGAAGAGAUCAUCGCGCUCCGGAAGCUCAAAAAGUCUCGUGGUGGAAUUGAUCUUGAAAGAUUGAACGCAGGUCAACCUAAGAAGAAGAAAAAGAAACGUACCACUAAAGGUGCAACAGAAGCAGAAGAGCAGAUUGAUCAACCGGAUAUCGAAGAAUAUGGAGUACAGGAUGGUUCUGCACAAAAGGACGAUAGGAUGGAAGAAGAAGAACCUGAAGACGAAGAUGCUAGAGCUCGCAAGAUCAUCAAAUCCAACAACUUCACACAACAAACGAACACCUUGGACGUCGACAAGCACAUGAUGCACUACAUCGAAGAAGAGUUGAAACAACGACGAAAAGCUGCCAUUGCGGCAGGUGCAGAUGAGUCAUCAGAGCCAAUUCUCACAGGCGCAGAAGCUGUCGCCUCACUGGAUCCACGUGAUGAACUUUACAAAAUUGCUGAAAAGUAUCGCAUUGAUAGAAAGCCAGUAGUGGAAGGCAAUGUGACGCUGAGUGCUACAAUGUUGACUUCAAUCCCUGAAGUGGACCUCGGAAUCGAUACCCGGAUUAAAAACAUCGAGGCCACUGAAAAGGCAAAACGCAAACUAGCCGAUGAACGCCUCUCCAAUGCACAAUCUUCUAGACCUUCCCAUUCUUCUUCCUCUGUAAAUGCUGAUCCCAACAAGGAACAUUUUGCUGCCGAUCGAUUCUUAUUACCCAAUCACCUCAAGCAGCAAAAUUGGGCUUCAGAUGUUGACUCACUUCAAAUUGCUAGAUUAGAGAAUGAAGGUUUAAGCGCAGAGGCAGAAGCGAUGAGGAAGGAUAUGAAGAAACGUGCUUAUCAGUUGAAGUAUGGUAAUAACAAUCAUGGUGGUUCAGGUCAACGAAAUCAUGGGGCAAAGGGUACACAGGUUGCAACAGAUGAUAGGGCAGUUGAAAACUUUCGGAAACGGAUGGGUGGACGUCGGUAGCGUGUGGAUGACAUUCUUUUUUUGGUUUUCUUGACAAAACAGAAUGUUGGCUCUCACGUCAGAUCAUUGUAACGUUAUAGUGUUUCUAUUGUGUAAUGAAUUUCCAAUCUCUGUUGCAAGUU